AGAUUCGACCUAUCCGCUGUUGGUAGGGGCGGAGCUCUACAAGUACUUCAAGGCAGUUAGUGUGGCGUCGCAGACCGUGACAAAACCGCUAGGCUUUGUAUCGUCUUCCUUCUUCAGUCAGCCGCCGAUUGUCCAAAUUGUAACAGAUAUAAAGCAGCUAUGACAAAGGAUCCAAACAAGCCCCGAGGCAAAACCUCAUCUUAUGCAUUUUUUGUGGCGACUUGCCGUGAGGAGCACAAAAAGAAGCACCCAGGAACCAGUGUGGGAUUUGCAGAGUUUUCCAAGAAAUGUUCUGAAAGAUGGAAGACUAUGUCUGGCAAGGAAAAGCAGAAGUUUGAGGAGAUGGCCAAGAAUGACAAGGUCCGGUAUGACAGAGAGAUGAAGUCGUACGUCCCUCCGAAAGGUGCCAAAAAGGGCAAGAAAAAGAAGGACCCCAACGCCCCAAAAAGGCCUCCCUCCGCCUUCUUUGUCUUCUGCUCGGAGCACCGACCCCGGAUCAAGGAGGAGAACCCCGGUAUCUCAAUUGGUGACAUUGCCAAGAAGCUUGGAGAGUUGUGGUCUACGCAGGGGGCUAAAGACAAGGCUCCAUAUGAGGCAAAAGCUGCCAAACUGAAGGAGAAAUAUGAGAAGGAUGUUGCUGCUUACAGAGCAACAGGCGGCUCAGGGAAGACUGACGCUGGCAAGAAAGGUGGCCCCGGCAGGCCAAAGAAAGCCCAACAGGUCGACGAUGAUGACGAUGACGACGAAGAGGAUGAAGAUGAUGACGAAGAGGAGGAGGAUGACGAUGAAGACGAUGAUUAAGCAAGCGGUUGUUAUGCAUUAAGCUCAGUUAUUUCAUUGUGUGGGUGUUCAAACCUUAUAGCCUGCUGUCCCUGUUGAUCGGCCUCUUUAGGUGGAUCAGACCUGUAUUCCUUGUCAAAUUCAGGGAUUUAGUUUAAUAUCCCCCCCCCAAGUUAGUCCCUUUAACGAUUUCUUUAGACCCUUGUUGCUCGAUUAAAAUGGUCAACUUUUGGUUUGUUGUGCCAGAUUGAAGGACUUAGCCUGUGUUACGGUCAGCGGACAGCAGUGUAUCAGCAAGGUUUUAAAGAAAUGUUUUGCUUUUCAAAGCACUGCUUAGGUUUGUUUAGUGGUGCUGUUUGUUCACUGUCAUUUUACUCAGACGUCUAGUUUGAAUUAAAUGGAAAAAAAAAAAUCUGCCGUUUUAAUAUUAAACAAUGUAGAACUGAGAAUUUUGUUUUGUAAUAAAAUUUUGUAUAUUGGUUA